AGUUCCAACAGGGCCCAAGGGCCGAGGCAGGAGAAGCGGCGGGGGCUGCCCCCGGCCGGGCAGGGGUUAACGCCGAGCUGCGGCCCCGCAGCACUGGGGGGAGGCCGGGGGCAGGGCCGCCGUAGCGGGGCGGAGGAGGCGGCAUCGCAGCGCGGCUCCGGCCUCCUCCGUCCCCCUUCUUCCCCCCGCCCGGUUUGCCGGGGGAAGGUUUGUGAGGGAGGCACGAGGCGCGGAGGCUGCUGCCGCCGCGAGCCGGGAGCCUCCUCCGGCCUCCCGGAGCGAGCCUGGGACUCGGAGCCGGGACGAGGGCAGCUCCCGGAGCACCCCCCCAGCGCCAGGAGCCCCCGGUGCCCGCGGUGCCCUUGCCCCGGUUCCCGGCAGGGGCAGCUCCCGGCGGAGCCCAGCGGCAGCGGGCGGCUGGCUUCUCCCCGUGAGGGGGAGCACGGAGCUCCCCUGGGGGCCGCGGGCAGCUGCAGGGCUCUGCCCAUGACUAACGCGAAGGACCCGAAGAGAGCCAUGGACUCCUCGCCGGCGACCUCCAGCCCUGCAGGCCCCGUCACCUUCUCGCAAGUUUUCGGGCAGCAGUGCCAGCUUAUGGAAGCAGCUGUGGAGUCACUGCACUCCUUGAACGACCAGAUCUCCCAUUUUAUCGUGAACAAGUCAAAAACACUGGAUGAAGACGAAGAUGCCUUUCUGCCCAGUGAGAAGGAAUCUCUGAAAAGUGCCAUGAUGCUGAUGAGGCACCUCUUAAUGGAUGCACAGGCCAAAAUCCUGCACAUGAUGGACGACAACAAGCAGCUGGCGCUGCGCAUCGACGGGGCGCUGCAGGCGGCGGGCCAGGAGGUGACGGCGCUGCGCGCCGAGCUGGCCGCCACCGGCCGCCGCCUGGCCGAGCUGGGCAGCGACCCGGCCAUGGAGCACGGCCCGCACAGCGCGCAAGCGCUGCUGCGAGAAGAGGUGGCCCAGCUGCAGGAGGAGGUCCACCUGCUCCGGCAAAUGAAGGAGAUGCUGUCGAAAGACCUGGAGGAGACGCACGGCACCAAGUCCCCCGAGGUGCUCUCGGCCACCGAGCUCAAGGUGCAGCUGGCACAGAAGGAGCAGGAGCUGGCGCGCGCCAAGGAGGCUCUGCAGGCCAUGAAAGCUGACCGCAAGCGCUUGAAAGCCGAGAAGACGGACCUGGUGAGCCAGAUGCAGCAGCUCUACGCCACGCUGGAGAGCCGCGAGGAGCAGCUCCGCGACUUCAUCCGCAACUACGAGCAGCACCGGAAAGAGAGCGAGGAUGCAGUGAAAGCCCUGGCGAAGGAGAAAGACCUGCUGGAGAGGGAGAAGUGGGAGCUGCGGCGGCAAGCCAAGGAGGCGACGGACCACGCCAGCGCCCUGCGCUCCCAGCUCGACCUGAAAGACAACCGCAUGAAGGAGCUGGAGGCCGAGCUGGCCAUGGCCAAGCAGUCCCUGGCCACGCUGACCAAGGACGUCCCCAAGCGCCACUCCUUGGCCAUGCCGGGCGAGACGGUGCUGAACGGCAACCAGGAGUGGGUGCUGCAGGCCGACCUGCCGCUGACGGCCGCCAUCCGGCAGAGCCAGCAGACCCUCUACCACUCGCACCCCCAGCACUCGGCCGACCGGCAAGCGGUCCGGGUGAGCCCCUGCCACUCCCGGCAGCCGUCCAUCAUCUCCGACGCGUCGGCGGCAGAAGGGGACCGCUCGUCCACGCCGAGUGACAUCAACUCACCCCGGCAUCGGACACACUCGCUCUGCAAUGGGGACAGCCCCGGACCGGUACAGAAGAACUUGCACAACCCCAUUGUACAGUCUCUGGAAGACCUGGAGGACCAAAAACGGAAAAAGAAGAAGGAGAAAAUGGGCUUCGGCUCCAUCUCGCGGGUGUUUGCCCGGGGCAAGCAGCGCAAGUCCCUCGACCCCGGGCUCUUCGACGGCACGGCCCCCGACUACUACAUCGAGGAGGAUGCGGACUGGUGACCCCGAGCGCCGCUGUACAUCCCCCCCACCCUGCGUGUGCAUACCCCUGCUGUCGUGUUGUAAUUUCGUUCCCUCCACACCCUUUUAUUCCUUUUUUUUUAUUAUUAUUAUUUUAUUUUUGCAUUCCAGUAACUCUUCCUUCUUUGUCCGUCGCUUCGGUUUUUGUCGUUUUGGGAUUUUUAUUAUUUUUUCUUUUUUUUUUGUUCUCCCCUCCUUCUUUUGAUGAAACUUGAAACUUGAAGGACUGCUGCGUGUCUGUAAAUAACGGGAAUCUCGUGCACUUUGUGCUUGUGACGUCUCUUGUCCGAAACCGCUGUUUUCCGGAGCCUCUGGAACCCGCCUUGGAGAGGGGGACCCUGCCGUCUUAAGAGACCUUAAAAAAGAAAGGA